GAAAUUUUCUCGGGAUGCAUCCGAAAGGAGCUUCGGUGAUGCUUACGAUUCAUACCGCGCGCGGGGCCGCCUCGGUUUGGGCGAUAGUCUGUUGGCCAGUCAUUACACUAAAAUACGGCAAUUGUUAAUUGUUACUACAUUUCAUCAAAAUAAAUUUGCCUGUGUGUGGGUCCUGCAGCCCAUAUUUGUCUACCCUGACCUAAGUAUUUUUUAGGUUGUGCUAAUCUUGCAGUUAGGGCAGAUAGCUGUGAAUGAUGUAAUAUGGCAGACUGAGCAACUAUGCAUUGCUUUGCAGUAUGCUAAAUGACGGUAGAAGUACUACAUAUAUAUCUAGUGUGUAAAAGUUGGGGGAGGAGAGAGAUGCGGUUAGACUUGUUGCUUUAUUUUAAGCGAGGACCCACUGUUAAGUUUGGCCACGGCGACGCUUCAGUUGUAUAUAUUGCAGGUGCCUCGCCCUCUAGAAGCCUCUGACAAAUGCAAUCUAAAAUAGAAUAAUAUGCAAGAGUUUGCGGGAUGCGGUUUCAUUCAAUCGCUCUCAAGCAUUUGCGCAAACAUCUUGCGAUAGUUACUGCAGUUGUGCAUGUUACACGCCGUGUUCUCACAAAAAAGAAUAGGAAACAAUACAUGCACCUCAGCUACCGUGCAGGUGGCACCAGGUCUCAGUCAUCAGCAACGGUGAAUUCAGGUUAGUGCGACUAACCGGUAGUAAUCUACGGGGGAUAAACGAUUUUAAAUGUCUAUACGGAGCAGCCGUGAUACGUGUCCUCCGAAUUAAAACAAUAAAUCAGCGGUUUUACUUAUUUGAAAAGAAGAUUGUCAGUCUGUGCUGUUUUAUGUCGUUAUGGAUUUUCUGACUGCGAGCAAAGUGCCCGAAGUCAGCGGCCGGUUCAGUGGCCGGAGCAGCUUACUGCAGGCUAAGUUACUUUCUCGUUUCCCUCUCUUGCAAAAUCGCCUAACGAACUGAAACGAAGGUUCAUUAUAGCACCCCUUCGCAAGAAACUCCCAGCACAGCAGCCAUCGCACGCCCAGUUUGUCAGGGUCACUGGGAGAAGUAAGAAUCCAGCGACAGGAACUGAUCUGACUGUUGGCAUGUAGAUAAAACAGGCGCUGAUCGGAUCUUUUUAAAUGCUUCGGAACCUGUAUUUAAAAUUUGUUAACAACACGAAGUAUGUCAAUUCAAGACCGAAACAAGAAAAUUCUUAUGGAUUUGGUCCAACUGCCUGGUAACAACACAUGUGCCGACUGCGGAGCCCCAGAUCCAGACUGGGCAUCUUGUAGUCUGGGCGUCUUUGUGUGUCUGGACUGUUCUGGCUUCCACCGAAGCCUGACCAGCAUGAACCGCGUCAAGUCCAUUCGACUGGAUUUCUGGGAUGAUGAAAUGGUGAAGUUCAUGAAGACCAAUGGGAACGAGGCGGCCAAGAUAUUCUAUGAGAGAGAUGUGCCACCGUUCUACUACCGUCCUCAGCAGAAAGACAGUGCCGUUUUGAGGGAUCAGUGGAUAAAAGCCAAGUACGAGAGGCAGGAAUUCACCGGGGACAACCGCCACCGCCAAGAAAUCUACUCCUCAGGGUUCUAUGAAGGCAGACUGUGGAAGAAAGCCAAGGACAAUGGACAGUUCUUGAAAAGAAAGUUCACACUUUCUGACUCUGACUUUACCCUGAAGUACUACACCAAAGAUGAUCUACCCAGGGCAAUAAUUUCAAUUAAAAGCCUGAAUGCUACCUUUCAACCUGAGAAGAUCGGACACCAGAACGGACUCCAGAUCAUGUUCCAGGAUGCGCAGCGGUCUCAAAACCUGUUUGUGUACCACGACAGCGGCCAGGAGAUCGUAAAUUGGUUUAAUGCCAUUCGAGCUGCCCGAUUUGCCUACCUGAAGACAGCAUUCCCCAUGGCCAACGACAGUGAGUUAAGUCCCAGGAUAACUAGGAAUUACUUGAAAGAAGGAUACAUGGAAAAGACGGGUCCCAUGCAACGAGAAACCUUCAGGAAACGGUGGUUCAUCCUGGAUGGACAGGAGAGAAAGCUGCUCUAUUUUAAAACAAAGCUGGAUGCAGUGGAGCUGGGGGCUGUGUUCAUAGGCCCCGAGACCCUUGGUUACUCAGCAGCAAAAAUAGCACCCAGGGGAACCCGGGGGAACCGGUGGAAGUUUGGGGUGACCAUGGAAACGCCGGACCGGCAGUUCGUGUUCAUGUGCGAGCGGGAGCGGGAGCAGGGCGAGUGGCUAGAGGCGCUGAAGGUCAUCAUCUCCAAGCCCAUGCUGCCGCAGGAUUACGCGAGUAAGAACCCCUCUCAGGCUGGUGUGUGGCUCUGUAGGUUAGGGCUCUGUGCCUGUGAUCAGAUGGUUGCUGGUUCAAAUCUCAGGGUCUGUAACAACGCAUUAUGUAAUAGUGCCGCAUUAUGUAUUAACUCUAUCACAUGUUACAAAUUUAUAGACUACAUUAUAAUUUUAUACUGAAAUAUUAGCCUAUUAUUAUCAUCAUCAUCAUUCAGUUUGUUACAUUGUCAAGUUAUUAGAUAAUGCAUUGUUACACGGUCACCAGAGGUAUUUCACUGUUGGCCCUUUGAGCAAAGCCCUUAAGCUCAAAUGCUGCAGGGACUGACUUAACCUUGUUUUCUCAACUGUACAUUGCUUGGAUAAAGUGUCGCCUAAAUAAUCGAGUGUAAGGUUGCUUUUCUACUGCACAAGGUACCGUACUUUUGUUACUAAAAAUUUGAUACUUUCUCUUUUCCAUUGAUUUCUGGACGAGUACCAGUACCAAAAGUACCAAAGCAGAAGGGAAUACUCUUUCAGUACUCUGGGGUGGGACUUGGAAAUGUGUUUAUUGUUGAUUAGUCAUGCAAAUAACCUUCCUUGCAAUCACAAAAUACAUCUGCUAUACGGAAAAAGCGUAGUUACGAACUCAAAGAAAACUGAUAAGUAAACAAACAGUAGUAAUAAUGGAUGUGUGGACUCAAGCUUUAAUGAUAUGUAGAUGGCAUGACAAGAAAUUAAAAAAAGUAUUUGCUAUAAUAUACUAUGGCUGCAUGAUAUUGGGGAAAAAAUAAAUAUCUCAAUGUGAUUUUGUUGCAACAAAUAUUGGGAUAUUUAUAAAACAAAAAAGGAUUUCAAAAUAAAUGCAUUUCUCACAAAGCCAUCUAGGAAUCAUUUAGGGAGGAUGAAAAUGAUUAUGAUUGGCUCACACAGAGCUCAUGUGAAAGCAGUGGCAGUAAACUUUAAACUGAUUUUUUUAAACAUAUGCUAGAAUGUUUGUGAAUUGGACCGGACAGUAUGAAGAAGCCAGAUGUCAUCCCAGCUGACGAUCGCGGAACUUAUGAUGUAAGAAUUGCAUGUGCGUAACACGUGAUGUUUGGGUUUAAUAUCCCACAUUGCCCAGCCCUAUAAUAUACUACAGCCAUUUUUAAAAUUCAGUACAAAAUACCCCAUCUCACGUUGUGAUGUCAUUCAGCGCUGGUACCAGUUUUUAUGGCAGUGGAAAAUCAACACCUUGAUGUACCAAAAGUACAGUACCUGGUGCAGAGGAAAAGCGCCUUAAAAGCGCCAUAAGUUGGUCUUCCUAUCUAAGUGGGGACCGUCCAUUCAUUUAUAUGGGAAAAACCCUAAUCCCAAUCACGACAGCCUUAACCUCUACCCAUCCCUAUCUUUAACCAUAAGUAACCAACCAAAA